AUGCACAGAAGCGAUGAUGUUCUCUAUAUUUGCACAAACCCACCAGCGGGUGGAUCUACCGGUCCGGCAACUACUACUUCUACUAGCUCAACUGCCUCGAUGAUCCACCAUGGCUCUGUCGGUCGAGCCUGGCAUAAAUCCUGUCCUCAAACUAGCGAAACACCACCCAUUUUGAACAGCACACACAGCCGUGGCCGGCGACUCGAACCCAAAUCGAGAUUGGUGGUUCCAGGCGGCCUGACGGUCCCCCACGAAAUUAAAAACAAGUGUGUUCGAUUAGGUUGGGCACCGAAGGACGGUAAAGGAAAGAGACCUGCCGUGUUCGGAAUCUUUUCCGCCGCAGGUCGCUUCUGUCGCCGGAUGGGCUACGAAUCUCCCUCAUCUCGGCCGAUAGCACACGCAAAGAUUGAAUACCUUGGCCGUUUUAGAGGAAUGUCGUCUGGGCAAGUUAGGGACGAGGUUUUGCAACUUUUGAUUCUGAGAUCUGGGCCAAUUCUGGACUCCGGGGAAAUAUAA